UACAAUUUCUUAACACGGAACACAUUUCCCGGCUGUCCGCGCAUACCGUCGCAUUCCAUCUCUCAUCGAUGAACCGUCCCGCCGUCGAUCGAUGGCCGAGCAUUCCAAAAAUUCCUCUUCCUCGCUGUUUGUGUGCCGCGGAAAGUUCACGCGGUGAUUGGCCAGCCUGGGCGGCGAUUACGGCAGUAAUGCGCCGUCAUGGCGACGCUGCCGCCGCGGAAAAAUCCAACUCCCACAAAAAUUUCGAAGCAGCACCUGACGCCGUUGCAAACGCUUCUGCAGCUGGGCUUCCCGAAACACCGGGCGGAAAAGGCGUUAGCCGCGACGGGACACCGCGGCAUACAAUUGGCAUCGGACUGGUUGCUGGCUCAUGUGAGAGAUCCGUCUCUGGACUCUGACACGCAACGGCAGUAUGUUCUAUACGCCUGCCCCACCGGGCCGUUGGCUGAGCAGCUGGAGCUGUUCUGGUCGGAGAGUAAAGACAUAGUAUGGAACGGCGCUCACAACUUUAUACCGCACAUUACUCUUGUCUCCUUCUUCGACGCUCCCGACGAGUUCACGAAAGAAUUGGCAAACGCCCUUGAGAAUGUGGUUCAUCAGGACGGUUUGCACGAACAUAUCGAGCUUGAGACAUACGUGUCGCCUAAUUUCAUGGGUCUCUUCGUCAAGGACGUGAACGCGGACUGGCUGAAGAACAUAGCCCUUCGCUACGUCAAUAAAAUCGCCGCUCUAGGUAUCACUGCCGAACCGCAAGUGAAGUCUCUGCACCUUACUCUGGCUUACCAGUUCCCCGGCAGCUUGUUUCAACCCCUUCGCUCGAUGGUCGAGAAACUAGGACCAAACACACCGGCGAAUUGGGAGCUCAGAUUGUACUCGAGAGACUCGAGACUGCAGAAUUUGCACGUGCACAAAGUGACGCACGCCCACGCGCCGCGGGAGCACGACGAAUUGGAGUUAAGGGUAGGCGACUACAUUUACGUUCCAGAGGGAGCUUGUAACGCGUCCACGGACGGUUGGGUGGAGGGGAUCUCCUGGUUGACUGGCACAUCGGGCCAUUUGCCGUUGAAUCACACCAAGAGAACUGCGGAGUCGGACUCGUGGACGUUGCAUGCCACCAUCCCGAUCACCGACAAUAAAUACGAGAGCGCGGAGGAGGAGGAGAUACCGAAGGUCAGGAGAUCACCGCCGGUUCUGUCCCCAAGCGAUUCCGUCGAUACACCCGAUGGGGUCCCCAUCGAGGAGGAGCCGAUGGCAGCGUCGGAAGCGCCGGAAACACCGUUCAGGGAGAUCUUCAUAUGUCGACACGGCGAGAGGGUGGACUUCACCUUCGGCGCUUGGAUCCCGUAUUGCUUCGAGUCGAACGGUUGUUACGUGCGCCGUGACUUGAACAUGCCCAAAGACGUACCGGCCAGGAGUAUUCAGGACUUCCAGAACGACAGCCCGCUGACGACCGUGGGCGAGAUGCAGGCGACCCUGGUAGGCGAAGCCAUGAAAUCUUCCAGUAUCAAGAUAGACGUAGCCUUCACGUCGCCGUCGCUGCGUUGCGUCCAAACGCUCGCCCAUAUCCUGAAGGGAUUGGAGUCCGACAUUCCGAUCAAGGUGGAGCCGGGCCUGAUAGAGUGGCUGGCGUGGUAUCCGAACGGCAUACCCGUUUGGAUGACGUCCGAGGAGCUGGUGAAGGCGGGCUUCAACGUGGACACCGAUUACAAUCCGAUCGUGAAGGCCAAAGAGCUGCCGCUGAAAGAGAACGCCGCGCAAUACUACGAACGCAGUUACGAGCUGAUUAAGAAGAUCAUAGAGAGCACAGUUGGUAAUAUUUUGAUAGUAGCGCACGCCGCCUCCCUGGCAGCUUGCACCAAACAGCUGACCGGCGGUAGGAUACCGCCGGCGGCUGAAGUCACUAGAUUAGUUCAAAGAGUACCUUAUCUGGCGUGUUUGACGGCGCGUCAAGAUAUUGACGGCUGGCAGCUCCAUCCCCCUCCCUUCCCGCCGAUCACUCAUACCAGUAAUAGCAGAUUCGAUUGGAAAGUUUUAAUGUAAUAACGAGCUUUUGUUUGAAGGAAGCACGCGAACAAUUGAACACGUUACAAAGCCUAUAUAAAUACAAAAGACUGUUAUGAUACAAUGAAUUUUUAUGCGGGGCUUUAAUCUUAACAAUUAAUGUCGAUGAGCUUGAAACAACACAUUCAACGAAUUAGGAAGAGAAAAAAAAAAUUGUUUUUCCGAAAGGAUAUUAUCAUUGGUGUACGAUAUAAUGUUAACGAUAAAUAUGACGAAAGCUAGUCGAUCGCGCACGACGGUUGAACAUUCAUCUUCCUCGGAUUAUGAUUAAUACGGGUAUCGAGGUAUAGUUCACUCUUUAAUUAUGAAUAUAGAACAAAUACUAGCCAAUAUGUUACUGGUAUCGUGCUAUACCAAUCCCCUAGAUAUCUAAUACAUAAGCGACAUACUAGUCUUGAUUGGACACAUUUUCUUGCCGAGUCUUGAAUAAAGCACUAAAUGAAAAAUUAAAAAAGAAAAAAAAAGAUAUUUAUAUAGUAUUUUAAAAUAUUUUCUGAUUAUAAAAUAUUCAUGUAUUUAUCACAUAAAACACACAGUAUUUUCUCUCUUUAACACGUAAUAAAAAUUAAGUAGAAACGUAUACAGAGAAAUCGAUGAGAUACUUUUAUGCACGUGAUCUCUGUGUUGAUAGAAAAAAAAAAUGUUCCAUGCGAGCUUUAUUACCAUUUCUUGAAAAAUUUAGAACGUGUGUCAAUUAAGUGUGACUUUGAAUCUUAACUUAAUGGUCUGCGUUGCAUCGUGAUGAAUUUUGAUGCGCAAGGACGAGGAUAUAUUUAUAUAGUAUGGUUAUCAAUGUUACCUUUUACAGAAAAAUAACGUUUAUAUGUAUAUAUCAAAAUAUACAAUACCAGAAAUAUGUCUUAAUGUUGUUUCGCUAUUAAAAUAGAUCGAACAUUCGUUUGUAAAACGUUAAUAAGAAACGCAAGACAUAUUUUUACGUAUGUGUAUAUACAUAUAUGUGUACAUAUAUAUAUAUAUAGGCAGUAUUUUAUUAUAUUCCUAAUUAUAUAUUUAAUUUUCUUCCUUCUCUAUGAGCGCAUAUGCGCGCGUUGCGGUACAAAUUUAUAUUGAAAUAUAUAUAUAUAUAUUAUAUCUUAUACAAUUUCUGACGAUGUACAAAAGCAUUAUACUAUAUACAAAACAAGUUAUUAAAAUAUAAGAAGAGUUAAGAGACAA